GAUAUUCCUCAAAGUAACACGAGCCCCGUAAGAAGCAGAAAUGAUCACACAGCUGAUGUUGAUGACGGUAGUAGCUACCACUUGUAGUACCGCUUUGGUGUCACCUUUCGACAAGGGAGUUAUAGGCAAAGUUUCCAAACAGUUCUUACAGGACUUUGCGGACGAGGUGGCCGACCUAACAUCUACUCUAUUGAAGGAAACAUCAUUCAGUGGAAGUGACAGUGGAAGUGACUACUCGUUCAACUACUGGGGAGUUAGAGUAACCUCCCUGUCUCUCAACCCCUCCAUCACCCUCCGUAAUGAUGGGAGUCCCCGGAGUGGAACAGGUCAACUUGUAGUGGACGGGAGUAUUGGAGGGACUAUAAGAGCCUCAGGGAGCUGGAGGUACAACAAGAAGUCCUGGUGGUACUCCGUGACACUUGAUGGAGGAGUUCACGUUAGCUCAAACGGGUUUAGUAUCUCAAACAGGGUCUAUCUUGGGGAAAAGUCGAACGGAAAAGUUGGGUUCUCACAUGACUCGGGUUCUUGUAGGUCGAGUAUGGGAUCUCUCAACAUUGACAUUACAGGUUCCUGGUAUAGCUGGAUCCUUAACAUUAUUGUAUGGAUCUUUGAAGAUGAUCUGAGGGGAGCAUUGGAGGAAGUUGCUUGCGAGAAAGCGAAUGAAGUGGUGGGCGAAGCUGCAGUUAACUUCGAAAAUGCAAUGUUCAACCAGGACUUUUCUAUGCCAUUGAAAUCAGGAGGAGAACUGAAAGUGGACUUUAACCCAUCAGUAAUAACAGGGGGACCUAGCUGUGCUGUUAUCUCUACACCCGCAGUUAUAGAACUGACAGGAGUACCAAACCCCCCGCAAAUAGUCACACCUCCCUUUAUCCACCUCCCUGCCACCGAGGAACCAGCUAGAAAGAAAAGACAGGCUAGAGACUGGUGUGGAGUGGUUCCAGGUCCUAACAGUGGGGUCUCCAUCAUCCUCACGGAGGACCUCGUCUCUAGAGGUAUCCAGAACCUACACCACUUCGACUUACUCAAGUUUUCCUUGGUAGAGACAGGCACUGAGGGGAGCAGAACAACUUUCGAUGUGUCCCGCAAUGGCCAGCGUAUAAAUACAGUGAGUGUAGAGUUCCCUGAGGACGAGGGACGGACCCUGGCUGGAUUUAGCAGGAAGACCGUGAAGAUCAGCAGCACUGAACUCCCGGAAGUAAGCAUCACCGACAACGGUAUCUCCGUAUUGGUUCACCUCAGAGCACGGGUCACUCUGAGCAGUGAUAACCCAAAACUUGAGAUUAGAACGGAGUUCGAGUCCCUGACUAAUUGGAUAGGAACAGUGAGGAUGGUAAAGAAGGACGGGGGAUACUCGCUAGUCCCCCACGUGACAGCAAAUGUAGAUAUAUGGACUGGGAAACUCUACAUUGGAGCGGAGAGGGACGGAAUGAGAAAGUCCGGCCAAAGGAGACUGGAGGAGGAUAACUUGAUACUGGAGGGGAUCGAGAGGCUGCUCAACUCGGUGCUGGAGGAGAACCUGGCGAGGGUGCUGGAGGACGAUUUGCAGAGUGGGAUCCCUCUAAACAUCCCUGAGGAGUAUAUGACAGUGGGGAGGGCGGAUAUCAGUUACAGGGAGGAUUAUAUCAUCGUAUCUGCUGAUGAUAUCACUAUCAACCUUCAGUAGAAAACGGGACGCAAGAAAAUGGAGAUUACUGGUUUGAGGACUUAUGAACUGAUCAGUUAGGGUCCGAUAUCAAACAUUACAGUUAUCCGGACAUAACUGAACUAAGUGAUUUUUCUAGAGUACUACUUAGUAGAAUUAGAAUGAAUUCAAAUAUAAUGAUUCCUCAUUAAUGGUUCUUGAAUUUUGAGCUGGAAUAAAAUAGCUUCAGCGUUAAUUUUAAUUUCUUUAAAUUUCCGGGAUGUAUCCUUGAAAAAAGUUAUUUUGCUUAAAAGAAACUCGAAAUUCUGGUAAGGGGUACAUUUCAUCAUAUGUACACUGUACAGAUAUAGAGGGUAUAGAGGUGUAAUAAAACCAGUUCUUUGUAGGCAUUUUAGUGGUUUAAAAUGGGAAUAAGUAUGGUUUAUGCUGUAUUAUUAUAUGGUUUUUGGCCAUCCUUAAAUAAAAAGCUGACUUAUUUUAGCUAACCUUGAAGGCAAAGUAUUUGCCGGAGGAGUUAAGGUCGUAAAUCAGUGAUCUCUUCCUUUCAUCUGAAACUUCGUCUGACUCUGUGGAUUCGUUUGAGACUCCGAACUUCUAAACAGUAUUAUAAUUAAUAAGGAAUAAUAUUCGAGGAUUGGUAACUGUGAUUUGGUAAUGGUGGGAACAUCGCCUUAAAAA